GUCUGCACCGUCAGGCAUAAAAGCGCUUGUCGAGUCGUUGAUGGUUAGCAGCAUAGCACCCCAUCUCGAAGAAGCAUAGGUCGAACCUUGCCUUUCCGCGGUUUAAUUCACAUAUUUAUGAUAUUCAUCGUGGACUACCGGGCGCAUGUUUUUGCUGGUUGAAUAAUCUCAAACCUCGUAAUUAAAGUGUAUUCCGCGGCAUGUAGUUAGCGUGUUGGCUAACGUUACCGGCUUUGCGCCAGGGCAGGAGUGAAGACCAAUCAAUCGCCGGGUACCUUCACCGCUAGUUUUUGUGUAACGGUACAGUGUGGUGCUGCUGAGGCAAGGGAAAAAACGCAGCGGUCACCGGUGACUGGAUCUUGUGGGGUGAGCACCAAUGCAGUCUAGAAAACACGGCGAAUCCCAGUCACCGGUGUAAAACACGGUGUGUAAAAUACAUUUAGUAGCCCUCGAACCAAAUUAUAAUAAUAGAUAGGUCGCUAGCUUGAUAGCAGGACAAGUGCAACGCAAGGAUGUUGCAAGUGCUGGCUUGCGGCGUCGUAGUUUUUCCCGGUCUCUUCUUCAUCUUUCGGAGAGUACUCCCUUCCAUUUUCAAACAGUGGACCGAUGCCGACGUUGUACUGGUCAGCGAGAGGCUGGUGUCCUCCAUCCACGCCAUCAUGGCCACCACGGCGGGAGUCAUCGUGGUGUCGGCGUGCAGCGGUAACGUCAUGACUGACAGGUACUGGCUGGCCACCUACUUUGUCAUCUGGUACGGCGUGCCCUACAUGACAUACGAUAUCUAUGCCAUGUACCUAAGCCACUACUACCGCUUCCGGGUCAAGGGCCACGAGGAGUACAAGGAGCACUCGCUGACCACGGUCAACUCGUUUGUCCGCCGCGAGUUCCUACUGGUGCUCCACCACAUCGCCCUGCUCACCAUCUUGCUGCCCGUCACCCUGUUCUUCAGGAGGGACCAGGGAGACUACUUCAUUGGCUGCCUGUUUCUCACAGAGCUCAGCACGCCCUUCGUCUCCUUAGGGAAGAUCCUCAUCCAGCUGGGUCUGCAGGACUGUUGGGUCCACAAGGCCAAUGGGGGCAUGGUGCUGCUCAGCUUCUUCCUGUGUCGAAUUGCCCUUUUCCCCUACAUGUACUGGGUCUACGGCCGCCACUACGGCAUCCCGAUCUACGGCGUGCCGUUCCAUCUGACGCUGUCGGUCAACCUGGGCAACUUAUGCAUCCUGGCGCCGCAGGUCUACUGGUUCGUGCUGCUUUGCCGCAAGGGCUGGCGGCUCUACCAGCGCCAACGUCACGCCACCGCUGCUGCCGGCAGCCAGGACUCCUCCCCCCUGACCCCACCUAGCCCCUCCCUCACGGACAACCAACCCAAGGGAGACCAUUAGAGCUGGAGAGCUCACUCUGUCACCAUUGCGCUCUCUCGGAUCUUUCUUGUUCUCUCUACUCUACCUGCGCUCGAGUCACACAAAAACGAACCACCAUUGACUACUAUUUACUACUUACUACUACUACUACUACUGCAAAGGCACUAUGGCUACUUACCACAGUCUCCCCAAAACAACUACUACUACUACUACUAUUAUCACUACUUCUACUACUAUCGUUACUACUAUGAUUACACUAGCUACUGCUCUUCCACCCAUGCCCAGUCCAAGCGAUACUGAUGAUGAUUUUUGACCCCCCCUUAGAUAUUUUUGGGGAUUCCUACCCCCCCACCCCCCUCUUUCUGGAUUAUAGGGACUGGACAUGGGUUAUAUUUGGAGUGCUACAGUGGAGUUUCCGAAAAGGAUAUGAAGAAGACUGAGAAUGGAACUCCUGGCUUUUUUUGAUGGGGGGGGGGGUCUUGCUUCUUCCCCCAUAUUACGUGACCUGUGCAGUAUUGAGUCACUCCCCCAGCCUCGCCCCCCCUCUAUUACUAGAUCUGCUGAUUGGAGGGUCUGUUACAGUGUAGAUGAAUGUGUCUGUAGAAUUGAUUGAUUUGUUCUAUUUGGUGUCAAUGAUUUUUAAGUGUCAAGUUUUGAAGAUCCCCAUUUUAUGAAGUGUUUGUCCACCCACCCAGUCCUGAUCUUUAAAAGACCGGAGGGAAAGGAGGAGAAGCGGGUAGGGGGCUCGGCAUGCAGAUAGAAAUAGUGACAAGGCUGGGUGGAGGGACAAGGGGUGGGUUGGAGGGGUGGGAUGGGAUAGACUAAGCUAGGUACGGGUGUCAGCAUCCACAUUUGAAGGAGACAAUGAAGUAAAAAUGUUUGCUCCAAGCUCUUUGCACCAGCAUAGCUACACAAAAAAAACAUUUAAUGUGAUUGGAUUGUGGAACCCCACACUCCUUUAUCCAUUUUGACACCUCCCAUUGUCCUUUCUCCUCAUUUGCCUGUCUCUAUGGCUGCUGCCGCUGGCCAAUCGGUGCGCCUGCAACGCUCCCGUCUUCCUCCUUUGUUGUUUAUGGCCCAACAGAGUUCUGUGUGCUGCCCUGCUGCGUCUGUUUACAGUAAGUCUAUAAGCCCCACCCCUCAGUAUCACACAGGGGGUGGGGCAUCACAAGCUCCACCCCUCCCAAGAGAGGGGGAGGAGCCUCUAUAUUAUGCGCUGUGACCUACCUGCCUAAAGGGGGAGGCUUUGCAAAAGAUUAGUCCGUAUGUUUACACACGCAGGACUUCUCAGAGAUGGAAGUUUCAAUGGAAGUCCAUGAACGAGGUAGACCAGACCCAGCUGCUAUUACAUUGGUGUCUAUGGGAGAGCCACCCCCUUAAGUACACCUGAACUGGAAAAAAAAUGAUAUGGUAAACGGCCUGAGUGAACUAUCUUCAUUUAUCCACCAUCUUUGGACUUCUCUGGGAGCGCUGUAGCGGCAUUAGAAGGAAUGGGGUAGGUUGUUUAGUCCCGGGUUCGGCUCGGUUGCUACAGCGACAACUGAAGCUGCUUUUAAUGGGUGGAGACAAGACUUUACGGUCACUCGAGGUCAAGUUUGCCGGGUGUGGGUGAUCCGGUGCUUCUGUUAGGUACAUUUUGCCCUCCUGCAAAAGGUGUCAGGGGUGCUUCUGUUAGGUCAAUGCUGCCCUCUGGCAAAGGGGUCUGGGGGCCACAUGGGAGGGGCUUGUAUACCACUGGGCAUCCCAUUUAAAGUGGAACUGACACCGUUUUAACUACUUUGCAGAUAUGAAACAGACAAUCAUAAUAUCAAUCAAUUCCCAGUUUAUCCCUCAAAACCAACUUUAUAAGAGGUUAUUUUAAUAUAUAUUUUAAUAUAUAUAUGAGUCAAAAGUUUGGACACACCUACUCAUUCCAGGUUUUUCUUUAUUUUUACUAUUUUCUACAUUGUAGAAUAAUAGUAAAGACAACAAAACUAUGAAAUAACACAUAUGGAAUCAUGUAGUAACCAAAAUAAAUGUUUCACAGAGUUCAAGUAACAGACAUCUCAACAUCCACUGUUCAGAGGAGACUGUGUGAUUCAGGCCUUCAUGGUCGUGUCAGGCCUUCCAACCGCCCUGUCUUUGUGAUACGCAGAGUAGGUGAAUGGAUGAUCUCCACAUGUGUGGUUCCCACCGUGAAGCAUGGAGGAGGAGGUGUGGGGGUGCUUUGCUUGUGACAGUCUGAUUUAUUUAGAAUUCAAGGCACACUUAACCAGCAUGGCUACCACAGCAUUCUGUAGCGAUACGCCAUCCCAUAUGGUUUGCAUUUAGUGGGACUUUUCAUUUGUUUUUCAACAGGACAAUGACCCAAAACACAACUCCAGGCUGUGGAAGGGCUAUUUGACCAAGAAGGAGAGUGAUGGAGUGUUGCAGACCUCAACCUAAUUAAGAUGGUUUGGGAUGAGUUGGACCACAGAGUGAAGGAAAAGCAGCCAACAAAUGCUCAGCAUAUGUGGGAACUCCUUCAAGAAAAGCAUUCUCAUGAAGCUGGUUGAGAGAAUGCCAAGAGUGUGCAAAGCUGUCAUCAAGACAAAGAAGGGCUACUUUGAGGAAUAUAAAAUAUAUUUAGACUUUUUUGGUUACUUCAUUAUUCCAUGUGUUAUUUCAUAGUUUUGAUGUCUUCACUAUUAUUCUACAUAGUAGAAAAUAGUAAAAAAUUAAGAAAAACCAUUGAAUUAGUAGGUGUGCCCAAACUUUUGACUGGUACUGUAUAUAUAACUUAGAUUUUACUCAAAUUUCCAUGACUUAUAGUCUGGUAUUGGUGGCAGAAUAGAUGGAUGCAGUCAAUGCAUGAUUAAAAUAUUUUACCAAUACGUUCUUGGCAGUGUAAAAAAUAUUGCUAUCAGGUUGUAUGAGCUGUGAUUUACAUUGUUUGCUGCUUGCAGCCAUUCGAGUGAUGAACUGUCGUAAGUUUCACUCGCUCAAUAUUUUCGACAAAGCUACCAAGGGCAAGGAUCAUAAGUCAACGUGGCUAAUAGGCUAUCUGAUCUUUUGAUGUAUUUUUGACAAGCUAAAAACACAUUACCUUGUUGUACCUAGCUAGCUGCUGGGAGGAUUUAAUGUCAACGCUUGGAUGAGUGGGUAAGUGACAGACUUUAUAUUAUUUGAGAUAUUUUUUCUCCCCAAUUGGUAGUUAGUCUUGUUCCAUUGCUGCAACUCCCUACGGACUCAGGAGAGGCGAAGGUCGAGAGCCAUGCACCCUCCGAAACACAACCCUGCCAAGCCACACUGCUUCUUGACACACUGCUCGCUCAACCUGGAAGCCAGCCGCACUAAUGUGUCGGAAACACCGUACAACUGCCGACCGUGUCAGCAUGCAUGCGCCCGGCUUGCAACAGGAGUCGCUAGAGCGCGAUGGGACAAGGACACCCGACCGGCCAAACCCUUCCCUAACCUGGACGACGCUGGGCCAAUUGUGCGACACCUCAUGGUUCUCCCUGUUGCGGCCAGCUGCAACACAACCCGGAUCUGUAGUGAUGCGUCAAGCACUUAGACCGCUGCGCCACGGGAGGCCCUGACAGACUGCUAAAUUGCAGUUGUUAUUUGGUUCGCUAGCUAACAAGAAAUCUGACUCACUUCUGAACCUGAAUGACUGUUAUCCACAGUUACCAUAUAUCCUAGUUGUCAAUCAAAUGUGCAGGCUUGCAAGCUGGUAAAUCCCGUUAAAUUGACAAAAACGUGGGUUAUGGGACAGACGGCAGGCUACAACAGGGCGAGCAAGCAAGCUAUUCCCCAUCGUAUCAGUGUAACUACAGGCUGAAAAGGUUUGACUGAGUUUAUCCCUCACUAGAUUUAACUCUUCUGGUAUUUACAUAUUUAAAGCCCCAAUGCAUUAUUUUUCAUUUUAAAUCAAUGAUAUAUGUUUAAUAAAUCACUGUUUUAUUUAAUGAAAAUAUAUUUUUUAUUUACCUGAGCCUCGUUUUGCCAUUGAAAUGCUCAGUCUGAUUGUGUGGGUGUGUUGAUACAAAUGUAAAUAUAUUUACAUACACAGCCCUAAUUGAUGGAUAGGAUCGUCUAGACUCUAGUCUAGAGCAGGGAUAGGCAAACUAUGGCCCGCUGGCAAGCCCAUUCAAUCUGGCCUGUGGGAGUUUUUUUUGGGUGGGGGUGAAUUAUUAUGGGUUAAAAAAAACACUCCAGCCUCCCGGGUGGCGCAGUGGUUAAGGGCGCUGUACUGCAGCACCAGCUGUGCCACCAGAGACUCUGGCGCACAAUUGGCCUAGCGUCGUCCGGGUUAGGGAGGGUUUGGCCAGUAGGGAAAUCCUUGUCUCAUCGCGCACCAGCGACUCCUGUGGCGGGCCGGGCACAGUGCACGGUGUUUCCUCCGACACAUUGGUGCGGCUGGCUUCCGGGUUGGAUGGCCCUGUGUUGGUUGGGUUGUGUAUUGGAGGACGCAUGACUUUCAACCUUCGUCUCUCCCGAGCCCGUACGGGAGUUGUAGCGAUGAGACAAGAUAGUAGCUCCUAAAACAAUCGGAUACCACAAAAUUGGGGAGAAAAAGGGGUAAAAAUCACACACAAAAAUAAAAUAAAUAAAAAACACUCCAGGCCACUGUGUUGAAUGUCUAAAACUAGAUAGAAGAUAUGUAGAAAUUAUAAUGGACUUCAAAUAACUGCACUUUUUCUGGCCCGCAAAAAGAUUUUGACAAACAAAAAAUGUGCGGCCCUACGUUGAAUUUCGAAAUCCUGAUGUGGCCCUCGCCAAAUAGUUUGCCCACUCCUGGUCUAGAGCCUACCCCGCUUACCCCUUCAAAGUAGGAGGAAACAUAUGCAAAUAAAAGUUGAAUGGUCAUUGGUCAGAAUAAUUUGAUCAGAAUGUGAUGUCAUGCUGUUGGCCAAAAACUCCAUCCCACCUGAGCAGGUUGAAAUUCCAAGAAUAUUUUUUGUCUUCCACAAAGCUCUUUACUAAAAGGUUAUUAUCAUAAUUUUCACCAUUUCAGAGUGUUAUUUCAGCCUUUAUAGUGUUGGAAUAUCAUUUAAAAAAAACUGGAAAUCACAUUUUUGACUGAACUGCCCCUUUUAAAGAAAACCAUUCAGGUGUAUUUUGUGGGUUUUGCUGAGUGCUUUCUAUGACCUAAUGUCGUGCUGUUGUAACUGCCUGUAAACACAGUUCAAAGUGAAUGGCAUUAUCCCCAUAUGGCAAUGGCUUAUUUGCAUAUAGGCCGACUGUAGCUCUGAUUAGGUACGGCGUACUGGUCUGUGAAGAUUCUGAUCCGGGCCAAUACUGACAAGUUUUUAUUCGUUUUUAUUUAAUGCGGUAUGCUGUGUCUAUUAAUUGCUCAGACACACAGCCACUUUCCCACUCAUAUUACUAUAGAAUCUUCACAAAUACCCGACUCAACGUCAUUCCCAAACAUUCUAUGAAUGUAUAAAAACGUGAAAUGACCAUAUCUAUGUGCUCACUUGUCACAAAAUGUAAAGAAAUGCGCCAUAUUUGAAUGAGAUUUAAUGGUGCCCACCGGGGACCGCUCACAAGGCACCAGUUAGAGCACUGGUUCCCGACUCAGGUCCUCGAGUACCACCAACAGUUCACAUUUUUAUUGUAGUCCCAGAGAAGCACACCUGAUUCAACUUGUCAACUAAUCAUCAGGCCCUCAAUGAGUUGAAUCACAUAUGUUUGUCCAAGGCUACAACAAAAGUGUGUGCUGUUGGGGACUGUUGAGGACUGGAGUUGGGAACCACUGAGUUAGAGCAAUAAAACGAGGUUGAAAACGGCGAGGACAAUGUAAAACCCCACGUAGAAUAGAUUAACCUGAUGUUUAGAUAGAAAAACAGUAAGGUUCCUAGCAUGAUGCUUGAGCAGGAUGACUACACAGCUGCAUGCGACCCUGCUCCAAAAUGAUUUAUUUUCACAAAGAUUGUCGAAUAGAAGAAGAAGAAAGUCUUGGUGGUGGUGACACACUCAUUUCAUACAUUCUACUUUCCCUUAUGAUUUCCUGUUGUGGGAAUGAAUUUAGAGUUUGUCCCUUACUUGGUUGGGUCCUUAGGAAAGGUCAGCUAGGUGGGAAAUGACCCCAUACUUAUACAGUAUAUUCAGAAAUAUACAGAAAUGACCCCAUACUUAUACAAUGCACAAUUUUUAAAAUGUGAUCCACCUCAUAUUGGUCACAAAACCCAUACAGCCUUGAGUUUUAUGUUAUUCUCUUAAACAUAUUCCUCCUUAGCCUUCCAAUCUGAAGGCAAUAAUUCUGUAUAAAUUAAUUAAAUAAUGUUAACGUGUAGAUAAUUAUUACAAAUUUACAGCUAAAUUUAAGUGCUAAUGAUUUUAACCAGAGUUCCCGUCCAUGGCAUGUGUUUAUAAUGGCAACGAGGAAGUGACGUUUGUGUUGGCAUCAGCGCUGCUAGCAUGGAGCACCAAUCAUAGGGCUGUAACUACAGGAUAAUAAUAACAAAAUGUGUUUUUAGAGAAACCAUUACCAAAUGAACGCAAUUGUUUAAUGAUGACAACCUUAAUUAGAAGCUUCUGUAGAUUCUGUUAGCACUUAAAGUCUGAAACCAUCAAACUGCACUUGAGCGGUACAUUUAUAUCAUGUGUACACACACACACACUGUAUUUCUGCUCAAACUCAAAACAUGAUUCUAGUUUUAACGCUGAGCAGACAUAAAAAGGCUGACCUAGGCAAUUGAAUACAUUUGAGAAAGAAGGGGAGUUUGUGUGUGGUAACAAAAACAACUUUGCUUCAAACCUACAUGCGCCGACUACAUUUUAGCUUGAGUUAAUCAUAAUGAUUUUAAUUAACAUUAUCAGGUCUUGGAGGCUAUUUUAAUAAGUAGUGGUCCCUAGUAAGGAUGCAUUAUUUGUGGCACAUCCAACAAAGGUGAUUUAUGUACAGACCCUCGUUCUGCUCCUUUGCGUCAGUUAUGUCAACAUGUCCCUGUUCCCUGAAAUUCUGUUUGCAAGUUCAAGCUUGCAUUGUGGGGACUUUGCUCUCUGUAGGAGACUACUGCAUUGUGGGGACAAAGCCGUUUUCUGCAGAAAAACACUCCAGUCCAGAGCCAAACCGGACCACUGUGCUUCCGGGCAUUGUGGGGACUUUGCUCUCUGUAGGAGACUACUGUAUUGUGUGGGUUCUGCUCUCCUGUGUAGGAGACUGCUGCAUUGUGGGGACUGCUUUACUUUAUAGGGGACAGUUGCAUUGUGGGGACUCCGCUGUUUUCUGCAGAAAACACUCCAGUCCAGAGCCAAACCGGGCCACUGUGCUUCCGGCAAGGUGCGACAUUAACGAUGGCCCGCUGGCCCAGGGCCAGUGAAAAAACCACGAUCCUCGCGAGUUACAACUUCUCGAGCAUUCAAUAAAUGAGUUGAUGCCUUCACACUGCACACACAAGCACUCAUCAAUCCACUCACUGAGCUUUUUUAUUUUUGGGAAAGUGAAUCACAAAAGUAAACCUUUUAAUAGUGAAAAAAUGCUAGCAAUAGACUGGCUAGUAGCUACUGUUAGUCUGCAAAAAGAAUGCUAAAAAGACACCUAGUGUUCAUCUUGGCUAGCCUACUGUAGCCAGAUAUCUUUUGAAAAGCAGUUGUCUUAACGUGGCAGCGUCCUAUUUUGAGAAAACAAAUCUCCUAUUUUAGAAACAAAAAACAAUUAAUACAAUGCCAUUUUAAAGAAUAGAAUGUCUUACAUUGCUAAAUGAUAUAACACAGAUGUUUAAUAUAUACCCUAAUAACCAAAUGUUGUCUCUUACUUGCUGAAUAGAGUGAAAGCAGGUCAACCUAGUCCCGCCAUGACCCUAAUACAUUUAUAAACUACCCCAUGUUUGGGCCAGUAGAAAUUUUGUUCGGUCCAGUAGAAAAAAAAAGUUAAUGUUGGACCCUGCUUCCCGGGGCAGUCGUGUGUGAAAGUGAUGAGUGCACUGCGGGCCUGCUGGCAGACAGGUUGUUCUGUAACCAUUGGAGCGAGAGCAGGCAGGAGGCUGGGGAAGGAGGAAAGCUGAAUGCUGCUACUGCUAAAUGAUGGGCUUGUUUGGCCCGGACUCCAAGGCAGAGAGUGGUGAGGCUCAGUCUAGCUCUAUCAAUGUGCCUCAACUCAAGUCUUUUGUCUGUCUGCCUGAGACGACCACAGCACUCCUAGAAACAUCCCAGGCCUUCUUUUUUAUUUUUUUUACUAGGCAAGUCAGUUAAGAACAAAUUAUUUUUUUCAAUGACGGCCUAGGAACAGUUAACUGCCUGUUCAGGGGCAGAAUGACAGAUUUGUACCUUGUCAGCUCGGGAUUUGAACUUGCAACCUUUCGGUUACUAGUCCAACGCUCUAACCACUAGGCUACCCUGCCAUGCACUCUCCUGCCCUCCCUCUUUAUUUGUCUGUUACACUUUCUCUCUCCCUUCAUGUCUCUUCAUCUUUCUCGCUCACUCCUCGUACCCUGUCUAGAUGCACUGCCACUGGCUUCAGGUGUCCAGUCUCUACUCAGCAGCUCAGAGUCCAGGGAACACAGGGUUAAUUGGGAUACAGGGGCCCUUUCUUAACGAGGCCAUUAUGGCUUUAAAAAGGCUCUCUGGAUGUGCUGCUCACUGCAGUCUGCAGCUCUCCUGAGUCAGUCCACAGCACACAGUGAGAUGCCUGAAGGACAGACUCAUCAUCUGUACACAUGGGUUCUGUUCCAACUGGCACCCUAUUCCCUAUAUAGUGCACUACUUUUGACCAGAACCCUAUUGGACCAGAGCAGAAUACACAUGCCCUCACAAGUCGACGCCACUAAUGUCCUCUCAAUGCAGCACAGCCACUGUGAGGAGCCUUUACAUUUACAUUUAAGUCAUUUAGCAGACGCUCUUAUCCAGAGCGACUUACAAAUUGGUGCUUUCACCUUAUGACAUCCAGUGGAACAGCCACUUUACAAUAGUGCAUCUAAGUCUUUUAAGGGGGGGGGGGGGUGAGAAGGAUUACUUUAUCCUAUCCUAGGUAUUCCUUAAAGAGGUGGGGUUUCAGGUGUCUCCGGAAGGUGGUGAUUGACACCGCUGUCCUGGCGUCGUGAGGGAGUUUGUUCCACCAUUGGGGGAAUGGUUUUAUGGUUUAAAUUGUCAUUUCAGAGAUAUUUGCCCCCAUCUUGAAGUGUUCAGUUGUUCUCAUAUGGGUUGUUAUUGAUUGAUUUGAUGUUUAAGCCGAUGACAUAUGUGGUGUGGCCUGAUAUAGUAAGGGUGACAGUGAUGGCUUUAGGGAUUUUUAUGGUAUACGUUUAAAAUGUCCCCUUGUCUCUUGCUAGCUCGAUGUCGUUGUGAGGUUUGAGGCGGAGUAUAGAGAGCCAGUAGUCUCCUACACUUUGAAACUUAGGGCACCUCGAUGUGUCGCUAAAGUGCAAUCCCCCUUCCCUGACAUGCAAUCCAGAGCCUUUGAAUCCCGCGGUUCAAGGGUCAGCAUUCAAAACACAUAUCCUGAUAAUCCUCUUUAUAUUCAUUCUUAUUCCGGACAGAUUUCUUUUAUUUUUUAUUUUUACAAUAAUGUAUGAAGUCUUAUGUUCGGCCUCCUUGGAGGUUCCUCUCUUUGCUCAGGGUUUGAUGAAGAAAAUGUUAACAUAUAUCUGUAUAGCUUAGAUUUAUUUUAACAUUUGUGAAACUGUGAGUGAAACAAGAGUUUCGAUGAAAAUGAUAGAUUCUGAAAUAUGAAAAUACCUGGAAUGUCGUGCUGUCUUCUCCUGCUUGUUCUGUAGUUUUUUUGCUUUCUUCCAAAUGCGUUCUGGCAUGGCUUGCGGUAUCGCAACCAGUAGGGUUGGUAGACCAAAGAUUGUCAGGCACUUUAGUCAACCAUGUUAUCAUAGAAUCAUUAACAUUAAUCUCCAAACCACUGUAGCACAGAUCUAGAUCCCACCCCCCACCACCCUCAGUGUGUCAUCUCAUCUCACACUGUCAUCCUCCUCCUUCCUCCAGCCUGGUUCUCCAGGGGGGACUCUCCACUAUUCAUACUCAAGGGAGGGCUUACCCUCUUGGGCUUACUGUAGACUGAACCACCCGCCUACCCCCACCCGGCCAGGGAGGAAUGAGGACUGGGAGUGCAUGCCUUACCAACCAGACUGCUUGGCAGUGUCUCCACUCCCCCACUAACACAACCCUGAUCCCAGGUCACCAUCCAUCCACAUCCAGUCUAUGCAGGAACAUCGGUGGGGUGGACCGUGAGGUGUGCAUGGCCAGUGUGAUCAGGAUUAAUGGCUGUGUUGAGGUGGCAGACUUACAUUUCCAGUAUUUUUGCUGCUUUGAUUUCAUACAUCCAUACAGGGCCAGUCGCUCCUAUCAAGGGACAUAUGGGCCUGGAGGGUUAUCGAGGGUAUGGCCCACUGACUGGCUGGCCAGUGGAUUGAAUCGGGUUGUAACAAAACAAGAGGGAAGGGAGUUAUAUUAGUAGAACUGGGCUGAUGAAAUUAAUUAAUUAAUUCCCUUGCCUUUGUGAUACCCACAAAACUCGGCGCGAUAACAGAGUUGGCAGGCAUCAUUUACAGGUUGUGGCUGUCUUUCUUUCUGGGUCAACUCCAACUUUCGGUAAAAAACGAAAAUGAAAGCAAACCCUUGGGGCAUUUAUCAAACGAGGAGGCGGCAGUUUUAUCCGUUGCAUGCACUCCCAUCGUCCUCUUAGUACAAUACCACUGUACACGUAUUCAAAAAUCCCCCAAACUUUUAUCUUCAUUUUCUUAAUACAAAAGGGUGUUUGUCGACUCCUAUAGGGAGUCUUCCAAUGUGUUUCUCUCUUCCUUCGUCACGAUUCUGUACAUUUUUUUUUAUAUACUCCAGUUCAGAAUUAGUUUGCUGUGCUUCGUUGUUUUUGAAUUCAAAUGAUAUUCUCUCUCUCUCUCUCUCUCUCUCUCUCUCUAUUUAUUUAUUUAUUUAUUUAUAUAUAUAUAUACACAAUAGUGUCUGUCAUCUCAUGUCCCAUCUUGGCUGUGUAAGUUACCAUAUGCAGCUUAUUCACAACCUUCAACACUCCCUGCCUCCUGUUAUUUUUUUGAUAACAUUAUCUGAUUUUUUUCAUAUAUAUUUAUGUAUCUACUUUGAUAUAUACAUAUAUGUUUUUGUUUGUUUGUAGUGUGCCCUUUUUGAGGAAUUUCUUAUCUGAGAAGAGAAUGGGCUCUUUAAUUAAAUAAACGAAGCAUUGAUUGAGAGGAAAUAUUUUGUUGCAACUUAUGAAAUCAGACACCCCUUAAAGACAAAUAAAACUGAUAUGAUGAAUUA